AUGCCUCCUCGUUCUUCUAUCACCGCGUUCGACUUGGGCUAUCGAUCUGGCAACCCUCGUCCAUUCCUUGACCAGGUUGAUAUGGGGAUCAAUAUGGGAGGCCUUGUGCGCGUCAACCGUCAAGCCCUCAUUGCAGAGCAGACCCAGCAGCAGAGCCUCCUUGCCACCUUGCGACUCAACCACGAGACCACGGAGCUCGAUCUCAAGAAUUUUAUGGGCGAGCAAGAGGAACUGAGGAUCCGCCUCAACAAGCUCCAGCGAAACCUCGCCGACCACAUCAAGCUCAUGGAAGACGCCUGGGCGCGUCGUCACAUCAGCAUCGCGAUCGGAUAUCAACUGACCAUCAAGACCCUGCGAAUCGAGCUGGCCGUGCGUUUCCGGGACCUCAACCAGAAGGCAAUUGCUAUGAUGGACGCUAUCAAGGCAACCCAUAAGAAGUUGUCCGUCAUUGAGUUUGACAUCGUCCGAACGGAGGUCCGCCUCCGUGUGAUCGACUCGCAGCUCCGUCCGGUGAGCAGCCUCGGUGACGCGCUGAACGCUGCUUGA